AUUAUUGUUCGGAAUUGUUCGGAGACUUUAAUGUCAAAAUCAAAACAAAUCAAAAAACGGAGUAUUUGGUUAUGUUUCAAUAUAAUUUAAUUAUUAAUUAAAGAAACUAUAUUUAAAUCUGUCAACAUGAUUUCAGGAAUUCUAUCCUCUCUCUCAAGAUUAUCUAUUGGCAAUGUACAAGGAACCGGAAGAACUUUUACGACAAAUACACUUCCUCUUUAUUUCAAUGCAACACAAAUACUUUGUGGUGAACCACUAAAGAAGAAGAAGAGAAUUGAUCCAGCCAUUUUAAAGCGAAGGUUUGAGAGAAAAACACGGAAAUUGCAAAAAGAAAUUCGUCGAUUGGAGAGAGUGAAAAAAACUCCAAAACCUAUUCUAGAAUUACAAGUGCCAAGAGAAAUUUUUACGGAGAAAAAAUUGAGGAUAAGAAAUUUACCGAAAAUCAAGGAGGAAGUUACAGCUGAAAGAAAAGAAAUAAAGGACAAGUGGGCUCAUUAUAAAUUAUUAGAAUAUAGAAAAGAUAUGGACACUAUCCAAAGUAUUCUAUAUUCUCAAGAGAAAGCAUUGAAUGCCCUUCGUGAGGAAUCCGAAGAAUUAUAUCAAGAGGCUAUUCAGUUGGAUCCUGUUUGUUUGCCGUACAAAAUAUCAGGAGCAACAGUAACGCCAGCCAUUGUGGACUACGACAUACCAGAUGGAGAUUACACUGAUAUUACAAAAAAAUACGAAGGAGAGUAAUUAAAAAUAUGUUAAUGUGAUUUUAUAGCUCAAGAAAUAAAUUGUUUUUUUCUCCAUU